UUUUAGAAGGGCAACGUAGCCCUUUCCCUUUGACCCCAUGCGUGUGCCUUGGCGGGAGAUUCCAGCAUGGCGGUGCAACCAAAGCAGAACCUGUCUAUGGACAGCGCAUCAGAACAUGGAUUUCUGAAUUUGUAUUUCUCUAUGCCCGAAAAACCCGACACCACUGUGCGGCUAUUCGAUCGCAAUGAAUACUAUACAGUCCACGGGAAAGAUGCACUUUUUGCAGCGAAAGAAGUUUUCAAAACUAACGGAGUCAUUAAAAAUCUCGGUUCAGGGAGCAGGAAGCUGGAGAGCGUGGUUCUCAGUAAGAUGAACUUUGAGUCGUUCGUGCGGGACCUGCUACUAGUGCGGCAGUACAGAGUGGGAAGUUACAAGAACAAAGGCUCCAGUAAGGAGCAUGAUUGGCAGUUGACGUACAAGGCCUCUCCUGGUAAUCUCACCCAGUUUGAGGAGAUCCUGUUCGGAGGUGCUGGGGGGUCUGGGGCAGUGGCAGCGGGCGUGGUCGGGGUGCGUCUGGGUUCAGGUGACGGACAGCGCGUGGUGGGCGUUGGCUAUGUCGACUCCACCCUGCGGAAGCUGGGCGUGUGCGAGUUUCCUGACAAUGACCAGUUCUCCAACCUGGAGGCUCUGCUGGUGCAGAUCGGCCCCAAGGAGUGUGUUCUGCCAGGGGGAGACAGUGCCGGGGACAUGGGCAAGCUCCGGCAGGUGGUGCAGCGUGGGGGCAUUCUCCUGUCAGACAGGAAGAAGGUGGAAUUCAACAACAAGGAUAUGGUGCAGGACCUCAACCGCCUGCUGAGGGCCAGGAAGGGGGAGACGGUGUCCAGCGCUGCCCUGCCUGAGAUGGAGAAGCAGGUUGCCAUGUCUUCCCUGGCGGCAGUCAUCAAGUACCUGGAGCUGCUCUCCGAUGAAGCUAACUUCGGCUCCUUCCAGCUGACGACCUUCGACCUCAGCCAGUACAUGCGUCUGGACAACGCGGCUGUCCAGGCCCUCAACCUCUUCCAGGGUUCCCCUGAUGACACGACAGGGGCGCACUCCCUUGCCGGCCUGCUGAAUAAGUGCAGGACCCCGCAGGGCCAGCGGCUGGUCAAUCAGUGGAUCAAACAGCCCCUGAUGGACCGCAACAAGAUCGAGGAGAGGUUGGACCUGGUGGAGAGCUUUGUGGAUGACGCGGAGCUGAGGCAGAGCUGCCAUGAAGACCUGCUCCGGCGUUUUCCGGACCUCAACCGCCUGGCCAAGAAGUUCCAGCGACAGAACUCCACUCUGCAGGACUGCUACCGGGUCUACCAGGCCGUGGGCCAGCUGCCCGGCCUGGUGCAGGCUCUGGAAAGACACAGCGGAAACCACCUGGUCCUGCUGAAUGCAGUGUUCAGCUCCCCUCUCAAAGACCUUGGCACCGACUUUGCCAAGUACCAGGAGAUGAUUGAGACCACACUGGAUAUGAAUCAGAUCGAGCACCACGAGUUCCUGGUGAAGCCAUCGUUCGACCCCACCCUGAGCGAACUGCGUGAGACCAUGGACCACCUGGAAAAGAGCAUGCAGGGGGCCCUGAGCGCUGCUGCCAGAGAGCUGGGCCUGGAGGCGGGGAAGACUGUGAAGCUGGAGUCAAACGCCCAGCUGGGGUACUUCCUCAGAGUCACCUGCAAGGAGGAGAAGAGCCUGCGCAACAACAAGAAGUUCACCACGCUGGACGUGCAGAAGAACGGAGUCCGCUUCACCAACAGCAAGCUGAGCUCACUGAAUGAGGAGUACACCAAGAGCAGGGAAGAGUACGAGGAGGCCCAGAACGCCAUCGUCAAGGAGAUCCUCAGCAUCGCUUCCGGCUACGUGGAGCCCUUGCAGACUCUGAACGAUGUGAUCGCCCAGCUGGAUGUGGUGGUGAGCCUGGCCCUGGUGUCCCACUCUGCCCCCGUGCCGUACGUGCGUCCCAGGGUCCUAGAGAAGGGGUCCGGGAGACUGCGGCUGAAAGGAGCCAGGCACCCCUGCAUCGAGGCCCAGGACGACGUGGCCUUCAUCCCCAACGACGUGUCCUUCACCCGAGGAGAGGAAAUGUUCCACAUCAUCACCGGCCCCAACAUGGGCGGUAAGUCCACCUACAUCCGGCAGGUGGGGGUGAUCGUGCUGAUGGCCCAGAUGGGCUGCUUCGUGCCCUGCGAGGAGGCCGAGAUCAGCGUGGCCGACUCGGUGCUGGCUCGCGUGGGCGCCGGCGACAGCCAGAUGAAGGGCGUGUCCACGUUCAUGGCGGAGAUGCUGGAGACUGCCGCCAUCCUCCGCUCGGCCACCGAAGACUCCCUCAUCAUCAUCGACGAGUUGGGGCGCGGCACCUCCACGUACGACGGGUUCGGCCUGGCGUGGGCGAUCUCCGAGUUCAUCGCCACUCGCAUCAAGUGCUUCUGUCUGUUCGCCACCCACUUCCACGAGCUGACCGCCCUGGCACAGCAUAACCCCACCGUCAGCAACCUCCACGUCACCGCGCUGACCACCGACAGCACUUUGACCAUGCUCUACAGGGUUAAGAAAGGUGUGUGCGACCAGAGUUUCGGGAUUCACGUGGCGGAACUGGCAAGCUUCCCGAAGCACGUGAUAGCCAGCGCACGGGAGAAAGCCCUGGAGCUGGAGGAGUUCCAGGAAGUGACCCGGGCGGGCGAGGAAGGAGAGGAAGGGCCCGAGGCCAAGAGGCGCCGUUUAGACAAACAGGAGGGGGAAAAGAUAAUUGAAGGUUUCCUGGCCAAGGUGAAGGCCCUGCCUGCUGCAGACAUGUCUGACCAGGCCAUCCAGGAGGAGCUCAGAAAACUGAAGGCAGAGGUUCUGGCCCGGAACAACAGCUUUGUGAGCGAGCUUGUGUCCCGGUCCACAAGCAGCAUUUAAAGCAAGAACCUAAUCUCCAAAACACUCAAAAUGCUUAUCUGCACCUCCUAGUCCCAACAAACAUGUCAGUCCAGUCCAAACCCGGGCCUAUCCGGUUCAGUCCAGUCUGGGGCAGGUGAAUUGUAGGUAUUCUACAAUACAUUUGUAGAUCUUUGUUCCGUUUUAGAACAGUCUUUUCUUUUUUUCCUAUCUUUUCUGUUGUGCUGUUCAAAUAUUUCCACUACACAAUGGAAAAUAAAAUUUGUGUUUUUGUAUUGAAA